AUCCGGUACUUUAUAUACUCUCUAGAAUGGGAGCAAGGUCAGGAAUUUACUGGUGCAAACACGGGACACGAACCUCCAGGAUGGAUGCCCCAUGGUCACGCCGGGCAUUUUCCACAGCAGACGGCCCCGGAUAGAGCCUAA